ACUCACUUCUCAAGCCACCACAAAGUUUGGCCACAUAAGUUUCCCACACGAACCGGCUGAACGUUGCCCUCGGACUUUGGCUUUGCACGAACGUGACGUUACACAAUUUUCGUGAGGAACUUCCGCAUAUCUACUUCCACGCUUCAAGAUGGGCUGCAGCGAAAUCAUGCGCCAUCUCGGCGAACUCAUCAUGAACAACAAACUGGUCACAUUUCUUAGUGUGUCCUUGUUUGCGUUCGUGAUCACCGUGAUAGCGCUGGCAGUGUCGAACAACAAUAACGCGAGUGAUUUGGAAGAAUGUCAAGCUGCUCUAGCAAACGCUUUGAGAACUACGACGCUUGCACCAGCCACCACAUUGCAGCCAAUAGACACAACACAACAAACAGCAGCUACUAUAUAAAACGAAAAUAGAUUAGACAGGCUCCAUAUAUCCAACUGGAGCACGAACCUGGCAUAAAUUCCGAGAAAUUCGGAUGCACAAUUGUAGUUUUAGGGAGCGCACUUAACCAUCAGUAUUCGAGUAGAUUAACAGCUCAGGUGGCAGUUCUUUAGUGUGUAUAAUUAAAUCAGCGAGCAAGUCGUGAUCGCUGAUUUAUGCUGUACUUGGUUACCUACACACGUGGAUGGCACAAGGGUGAUGACGAGAAGCUAAACUACCGUGAGUCAUUGAUGAGUGGAAGAGAUAAUGGAGUCAUAAAUUUGCCACGUUCGUUCUACAUACCGAUGAAGUAGCGUAUAUCAAGGGCAGUAUGUUGUGCCUUAAGCACCCAAAACUGAAAGAAGAAGUCUGGAAGAAAGAGAAAACGUAAACUUAAGCACUCGCAGCUAUAGUGGUCAUUGUCAUCUAAACUGUAUUUAACUGUCGUGACGUGUGGCGGUAUAUGAAAUAAAAAUUGGAUUAUC